AGCAGAAGAAACCUUUCUGAGUUAAUAGGAACAUUAUUGGGCCCUAACACCUUGUCACUAUGGAAAAGGCCAUUCUUUUAGCCUGUGUUCUUGCUGUUCUGAUACCUACAGGUUUAUGUUUAUCCUGCUAUGAGUGCAAAAUGAAUGAACAGUACAAAUGUGUCGGAGCUUUUAAAGUAUGUGCAAAAAAUGAAAUCUGCCUUUCAGCGUAUGCUAAAACAGAAAUGACAAGUUCACUCAUUGUUGGUCUACGAAAGUGUGCCCCAGCGAAGCUCUGCGACCAGUCAUACAGCUUAUCCUCCAAUGGCAAAAAAAUGACAUUGUCAACCUCCUGCUGCAAAACAAACAAAUGCCAGCCUUCUCCAAAAGUUAAAGACAAUGAAAUAAAGUGCCCCUUCUGUACCGCCGAUGACUCUGGCAGCUGUAGCGGGGAUCAGACCUUGCAAUGCACAGGACCUGAAGACAAAUGCUUUUCCUUCUUUUCUUCAGGCUCCUCAGGGCAACCUACAGCACGUGGCUGUGUCACUAGCAAUAUCUGCAGUUCCAACCUUAAAAAUACAAUUGUUCCUCAAUCAUAUCAAAAUGGAAAAAUAGUAUGUAAAGAUCCAGAGAGCGACCAAACUGGUGAUGGUGACCAAAGCAAUGGUGAUAACUCCAGCUAAAGCACUGGUGGCAGCAACAGUGCAAUCAAGGAUGUUUAAUGCUAGAGUUGAGAACGCUUUUUGCCUUCAGUUUAAUACGGUUAAAAAUGUAUGUUGCUUGCAUUGAAUCCUCACAUAUGGUUGCUGGUAAUUUAAUGUGUGCGCUGAUUGGAGGUGAAAAUAAAUAUUAAUUGAGCUCUGAUUAAAAGUCUAGACAUUAAGAAAA